GAGCACUUCCGGCAUUUAACAGUCCGGUGUUGGUGGAAUUAGCGGUUAGCUGAUCGCCGUGCUUCUUGGCCUGACUCUGACAUGGGCAAUAGUUUCAGACAAAACAGCAGUAAUUUGAGUGACACAGCAAAACAUUGAGCAAUACUGAAACGAAUCAACACAGCCCUUAUCGGAAGUGAAUACCUUUGUGAAUUUUACAAUGAGUAGCGAGUCAGAGCAGCCCGUUCAGGGGCCGCCCUCAGCCGGUGCACCUCUCGCCUCGCCCGCCCUGCACCCGGCUUCGGUGGGAACCCCAAGUUCCGUUGGUUCAGCACCGACAGUAGCGGCGGCGGUGGUUAGCUCGUCCUCCGGGACCGCGAUCGUUCCCGGGCAGACUUCAGCAACGUCGGGCGACGGCAAAGCGAGUCCUGCGGGCAGUUUAUCGGGGGUGACCGCAGCAGCUCUGCCUUCUGGAGUCGAGAAAAAGGUUAUAGUUCCAGUCUCCACCACAUCCACAGCAGCAUCAUCUGAGGCACCAAUUUCAAAUGGUAUUUAUCUGCCCUCUACGAUUACCAAUGGUGAUGUGAAACCAGUGAUCUCUACAACUCCGUUGGCUGACUUUCUGAUGCAGCUGGAGGAAUACACACCCACGAUCCCGGAUGCAGUCACUGGAUAUUAUUUGAACAGAGCUGGAUUUGAAGCUUCAGACCCUCGAAUAAUUCGUCUGAUUUCCCUCGCAGCACAGAAAUUUAUUUCCGAUAUUGCCAAUGAUGCACUGCAGCACUGUAAGAUGAAGGGAACUGCUUCCGGAAGCUCUAGGAACAAAAGCAAGGAUAAAAAGUAUAUCUUGACAAUGGAGGAUCUAGCAUCAGCCCUGUCAGAAUAUGGUAUCAAUGUGAAGAAACCACAUUAUUUUGUCUAGUAAUUUCUACAGCUGAUGAAGGACCUUGGUUGUAGACCGUAUUAUUUGGCUGCAAUGGACUGUUCCUGACUUGGCAGUUGGAGACUUCCAAGAGUUUAACAGAGCUGUGACUCCGUAAUGCUUUGCUGGUGGCUUAUUUAAGUAGCAGUUUUCUGCUUUGGUGAACAAGAGCCCAAGUAGUAAGCCCCAGACUGUCACUGAUGAAGCGGUGGACAGAUUGUGCAGUCUCUUUGAAAACAGGUUGCUGUUAGCAGAAAGCUGUGAUACCAUAGGCAGCAAGUCUAAAAUCCUGUGAUUUGUUUUUCUUUAGGAAAUUUUUCUUCCUAAUAAAGACUUUAAAUUUUAUAUGUAUAUAAAAAAAAAAAAAAAGAUGCGGUUCAUUUGGAUUUCUUUAGACAUUUGGUCUUUGACAUGAAGUGUCAAGGCCUUUUUAUGUUUUUGUUGUGAACAAAGUAUUGUUGCGUAUUUAUUCACAGUUUACUGUAGAUUUGGUAAACUACAUAUACUUGCAGAAAGGUGUUUUGACACUAGUUUUCUAAAACUGUGCUUCAGAUAAGAUUACUGGUAACUUUAAGUGACACCCACAACCUAAAACAGCUGAGUAUGGAUUUCACAGUAGUUCUUUACAUGAACUUUUUAACUGCAAUUUCUCCUUUUUUAUGCUUCACAUUGAAAGUUGUAAAAGUAAUCUGCAUGUAACAUUAGGCAGAGAAAUAGUAAAAAUGCUGAUUGUAUUCCUGCACUUAACCUGCUCGAUGCUUCGUGCCAGCAGCACAGUGUGUCGUAGCUUUGAUAUAGUAACCUCAGGUCUGUGCAGCAUUUUUUAUUUAUGAACAGAUGGAAUUUCUUAUGAUGCACAGUGCUAUUCAAACUACAGUCAUUUCUCAUAAAAUUUAUGUUGAAUGGUGA